UUUGUGGGGAGGCGCUGUAGCCAUUUCGCCACAUGAAAGCCCGAUGAGCUGAACAACCAACAUCCGAGUUGUUCGUGGACAAGAGAAAUCAGCUUUGAGGAGCUCCGCGCGCACACAGACGUACACGAACUGGCGCGCAAAGACGCACGGCGCACAGACACGUACACUUCCCCCUCCUCCGCGUUGGAAAAAAGAGAGAGAGGAACAGAGAGAGGGCACACGUAACGCAAACUUCCAACUUCCAUGUGGAAAGCAGAGGUUUGAGGAUAGGGUAUAUUUUUUCCUCUUCGGGGCUCCGUUCCUUCCCCCCUCUCUCCCUCUCUUUCUCUCUCUCUCUCUCAGUGUUUUUGCCCGGAUAGUUGUGUUCUAUGAGAGUCUUGCUCGGCGAGAAGAGAAGUUUGGUUGUUUGCCUGGUCGGCUGAGGAGGAGGAGGAGGAGGAGAAGAGUCGGGUUAAAAGUGGAGGAAGAUGGUCCGCAACGCCGCUUGGAGAAGAAGCUUGCUGUGCGUCUUGGCGCUCAGUCUCAGCUUUGCGUCCCCGCCGUGCAAAGCUCGGAUUUACACCAACCACUGGGCAGUCCGGAUAGCCGGUGGACCCGAGGUGGCCGAGCGGAUAGCGGACAAAUAUGGCUAUAGGAACAUGGGACAGAUUGGGGAUCUCAAAGACCACUAUCACUUCUUCCAUAGCCGGACCAUCAAGAGGUCGACUUUGUCUAGCCGUGGUCGCCAUAGUUUCAUCUCCAUGGAGCCCAAGGUGGAGUGGAUACAGCAGCAGGUGGUGAAGAGGAGGAUCAAGAGGGAUUACAAGCCAGUCCUGCCCCUUUCUCUGGCAAGCCCCACCCAUAGUAACCCAGCCCAGAACAACAUAUUCUAUAAUGAUGCCAAGUGGAGCAGUAUGUGGUACAUUCAUUGUAACGAUGACGUCCAUAACUGCCAAUCGGACAUGAACAUCAUGGGGGCGUGGAAGAGGGGCUACACGGGUAAAGACGUGGUGGUGACCAUACUAGAUGACGGCAUCGAGAGGAACCACCCAGACCUCUUUCAGAACUACGACCCUCAAGCCAGCUUUGAUGUCAAUGGCAACGAUAUGGAUCCCAUGCCUCGAUAUGACGCAACCAAUGAGAACAAACACGGGACGCGGUGUGCGGGCGAAGUUGCUGCAGCCGCAAACAACUCCCACUGCAUUGUGGGAAUUGCCUACAAUGCCAGAAUAGGAGGUGUGCGAAUGCUGGAUGGAGAUGUAACAGAUAUGGUGGAGGCCAAGUCUCUGAGCCUCCAGCCGCAGCACAUUGACAUCUACAGCGCCAGCUGGGGACCUGAUGAUGAUGGAAAGACCGUGGACGGACCAGCAUCUCUGGCCAGGCAGGCCUUCGAGAAUGGCAUCCGCAUGGGGAGGAAGGGCCGAGGCUCCAUCUUUGUGUGGGCUUCAGGCAACGGCGGGCGAAGCAGAGACCACUGCUCCUGCGACGGCUACACCAACUCCAUCUACACCAUCUCCAUCUCCAGCACAGCUGAGAGCGGACGCAAGCCAUGGUACCUGGAGGAAUGCUCGUCCACACUGACCACCACCUACAGCAGCGGGGAGAACUACGACCGAAAGAUUAUCACAACAGACCUGCGACAUCGGUGUACAGACAGUCACACAGGGACAUCGGCCUCGGCUCCCAUGGCUGCUGCCAUUAUUGCUCUGGCCCUGGAGGCAAAUCCUCUUCUUACAUGGAGAGAUGUUCAGCACAUCAUUGUAAAGACUUCUAGAGCCGGACAUCUCAGCGCCCCUGACUGGAAGACCAAUGCUGCUGGUUACAAUGUCAGCCACCUGUACGGCUUUGGUCUGAUGGACGCUGAGGCGAUGGUGAAGGAGGCGGAGCGAUGGAAGCAAGUCCCUACUCAGCAUGUCUGUGUGGAAAGCGCAGACCGACAAAUCAGAACUAUCCGUCCAGAGCAUGUGGUUCGGUCGGUGUACAAGGCGACAGGAUGCACUGACAACCCCAACCAUCAUGUGAUCUACCUGGAGCAUGUGGUCGUACGUAUCACAAUCACACAUCCUCGCCGUGGGGACCUGUCAAUCAACCUGACUUCACCCUCAGGGACCAAGUCUCAGCUGCUUGCCAACAGGUUGUUUGAUCACUCUAUGGAGGGUUUUAAGAACUGGGAGUUUAUGACCACCCACUGCUGGGGAGAGAAGGCAGCAGGCGAUUGGGUCCUAGAGAUCUAUGAUUCACCUUCUCAACUCCGCAGCCAGAAAGUACCCGGCAAGCUGAAGGAGUGGUCACUGGUGCUGUAUGGCACCUCUGUGCACCCGUAUUCGUCUCUGCGCAGCGAUAAGCCCCGCUCCACAGACAUGCUGACGCCCACCGAUGAGGAGUUCACAGAGGAGUACAACGGCCCCUGUGACUCUGAAUGCAAUGAGAAUGGCUGUGAAGGUCCUGGACCCCAUCACUGCAUCAACUGCCUCCACUACUUCCUCAAGUUCAAGAACAACACCAGGAUGUGUGUGUCGGAGUGCCCCAGUGGCUUUUUCCGUGACGAUAGGAAGCGUUGCAAGAAGUGCUCCUCGUUGUGUGAGACCUGCGUUGGUAGCCGUAGCGACCAGUGCACCACAUGCAGGACUGGUUUCCACCUCAACGAGGGCUCCAACACGUGUGGCGCCAACUGUGGCGACGGCUUCUACCUUGACCAUGAUUCCAACAUUUGCAGGAGAUGUCCAGAGAACUGUAAGAAGUGCACCACCUCCAAUAUCUGCACAGAAUGUAAACCUGGGACGAGUCUUCAAGCAAACAAGUGUCAGAUGACCUGUGACCCAGGGACUUAUUACAAUGGCCACAAAAGGACUUGUGAGCCCUGUCAUCGGGCCUGUGCCACCUGCGCAGGCACAGGUAUAGAGGCAUGCACUAAGUGUGCAGACGGCUAUUUACUUGAGGACUGGCGGUGUGUGGCAACAUGCAGCACUGGCUACUACCUGUCAGAGCAGACCUCAGACAUCGGGCAGGUGCAAAGGUCCUGUAAGAAGUGUGACCAUAGCUGCUACGAGUGCUUGGGGCCUGGUGAAAGAAACUGCAGCAGCUGUGCCAGUGGUUACAAUCUGGAGGCAGGAGCCUGUGUGGUCAGCACCAUCUGCAGAGAUGGAGAGUACUUGAGUGGACAUGGAAAGUGCCACCUGUGUGAUGCUACCUGUCUGCAGUGCAUGGGUCCGGAGAGAGAGGACUGCACGAGCUGCCCUCCAACAAGGUUCUUUGAUGAUGGACGCUGCGACAUUCGCUGUCAGAAGGGGCGUUAUGCCAUGGGGAGGCAGUGCCAUCUCUGUCACCACACCUGCCACGAGUGCACUGAUGAGGGACCUGACAACUGCACCAGCUGUGACAGAGAUAAGUUUGAGGUGGUCAGAUACCUCUUUCAGAAUCAGUGUAGGGAGGUCUGUCCAGAGGGGUUCUUCCACUCUGCAAGAAGACGGUGUGAACCCUGUCCUGUCGACUGCAUCAUCUGUACAGCAGCAGAUCACUGCCUCCACUGCAGUCCAGGACACAAGCUCAGAAAUGGCCAGUGUGUCCCAUUGGAGUGCAGUGCAGGUGAGGUUACAGAUGCAGAGAAUGAGGAGUGUCUCCCCUGUGAUGAGGGCUGCAAGCAAUGUGAACGCAAGGAUUCAGGAGAACAGGCGCGGGGAACUGUUUGCCUCAAAUGUGAAGAUGGUUACUACCAGUUAGGCACAGACUGUCAUAAGUCCUGUCCAGAUCAGACCUACAGUGUGGAUGACAACAUGGUGUGUGCUCCGUGUGAAGACAAACUAUGUGAAAUCUGUGACCAGUCCCAGUGCUACUGGUGUAAAGAUGGAUUCUAUGUCUUUGAGGGAGAGUGUGUGGAUCACUGUAAGGAAGGUUUCUUUGUGGAUGAGGAGAGCCAGGACUGUGAGCCUUGUCACCGCGCCUGUCACACCUGCGGAGGGCCACGAUAUGACGACUGUGACUCCUGCAAGGACGGAUUCACGCUGAAGAACGGGGAGUGUUUAGAGGGCAGACAGUUUGCUUCCUGCCCUGACAAACAUUUCAGAAACAGUAAGGGCGAAUGUGAGCUGUGCUACUCCUCCUGUAAGACUUGUUCUGCUGCAGGGAGGGAGGACUGCAGCAGCUGCUACUCAGGUCAUUUUUUGACUGCUCGACAGACCUGCAUGUCUCGUUGUCCAUCUGGUACGUUUGCCAACAAGGCGUCCAGCCAGUGUGAAGACUGCUCGGAAGGUUGUCUCAUGUGUCAGGACAACCAGCAGUGCCAGCGCUGUCGCAGUAGGCUUUACCUGCACAGUGGCGUGUGUGUGGCAGAGUGUCAGAGAGGGUUUCCUAAAGGUGGUGUAUGCCAGCCGUGUGCCUCAGAGUGUACAUCCUGCCAGGGAAAUUCCUCUUUCUGUCUGAGCUGUGAGAGACCGCACUUGCUGCUGGACCACUCCUGCAGGUCACACUGUCUAGAGGGCUAUUAUGCCACCAAGACAGAAUGCCUUCACUGUCCAGCUCACUGUAGAGAGUGCAAUCAAGAUGGCCUGUGUAAGAAGUGUGCCCAGUAUUACUUCCUCCAUGCUGGUAAGUGUGUGGAUGAUUGUCCUGAUGGCUACUUUGCCAGCGAGAAGCAACAGGAGUGUGUACGUUGCCAUACUGAUUGUGCCUCAUGUGAUGGACCGGGCUUUGAUGACUGUCAUGUGUGUCGCAACCCGAAAGCUGUCCGUUACAACGGAGAGUGUCUGCCUCAGUGUCCCUCCAACGCUUACUAUGAUGAAACUACCAAUGAAUGUAGAGAUUGUGACAGGUCAUGUCUGACCUGCUCAGGCCAUGAGCCCUCAUCCUGCCUCAGCUGCGAUACCAACAGGCGUAAAGAUGCCAGCGGACACUGUGUGUGGUUCAGUCAGUGCUCUCUGCGCUUAUACAUGGACCAGAAUGGGGAGUGCCAACAGUGUCACAAACUCUGCCAUCGCUGUUCUGGGCCAGGCAAAGACCACUGCCUCAGCUGCAACGAGCCACACUUCCUACUGAACAGCACAUGCGUGCAGGAGUGUCCUGUGGGUUACUAUGCCGAGGACACAGACGAGCGUGUGUGUGAGCGCUGUCACUUCAGCUGUAAGUCGUGUGCUGGUCGUCACAGUGUGCAGUGUGUCACCUGUAAACCUGGAUUCUUCAAGCAGGGAAGCAGCUGCGUUGAAAUCUGUUCAGAGAGUCACUUUGGCAACACCACUGCCAUGGUUUGCGAGCGAUGUGACCCCUCCUGUAGCCAGUGUUGGGGUCAUGGUAACAGAAACUGUCUGAGCUGUCGGGAGGACUACGUCUACCUGAGGCAGUGGGGGCAGUGCCUGCAGAGCUGCCCUCCAAGCUACUACCAAGACAGCUGGUCCAAGACCUGUCACAAGUGUCACCCCACCUGCAAGACUUGCAGUGAUAAAGGCGCUCUGGCCUGUCAGUCCUGUUAUGAAGGCUACAAUUUUAUGGGUGGCAUCUGUAACUCCCAGUGUCUCCUAAGCUUCUACGCUGCUUCACAGGGCUCUGAGUCCGACAGCGAUGAGCCCAACUGCAAGGCGUGUGACCCGUCCUGCAUUGACUGCCGAGGUCCCAGCAUGUGGAACUGCACAGUGUGCCCCACAUUCCAGAUCCUGUCUGAUGAUGGCCGCUGCUUGUCCUGCUGUGGAAAUGAGACACGCCACGAUGAUAAACCAUUACCGAGGGAGUGCUGUGACUGCAAGGCCUCACAAGAGGAGUGCAUCCUGGGUGUCAACUUUGUGAUGAGGGAAGCUGAGGAUUUAGAGACUCAAGGCAGCACCGUCAAACUCUUUGUCACUGCCUGUGUUCUACUUAUCCUCUCUGUGGGCGGAGGGGUCUUCCUCUUCCUCAAUGCUCGAUCUAAAUCACUUGCCAUCGCACCCAAAACCAAAGCUGGAGGCUAUGAGAAACUGGACACCAGUCGAAGUACUGCCUCACAACCCACCAACUCUUCAUUUGGGGAGUACAGCGACCGAAUCAUUGAAUGUGAGGAUGAUGAGGAAGACGAUGAUGAUGAUAUUGUGUACAUGGGACAAGAUGGGACGGUGUAUCGUAAGUUCAAGUAUGGACUCUUGGAUGAAGAUGAGAUUGAGCUAGAGUACGAUGAUGAGAGCUACUCGUACAGAUGAAAAGAAAGCACAAAAGACCUAACUGGGAAGAAGUAGCUCUUCCUUACAUAUCAUUGCAGUCUAAACAUGUUGUGGAAUUUGUUUCUCGUUUGGAAAGUGUUUGUCAUGUUUGUCUUAAAAACAACAGUAGGUUGGAUUCACAGCACACAGUUACAUUUUCUGAUCAUAUUUGCACUGUUUUUUUCCUAUCUAUCCAAUAAACUAUGAUUAUUUUUUCUCUUGUCAAGGGACAUUUUUGAUCAUGUCAAACUUGUUAACCUUCAUGGCCGUGUUUGGCUGCAACAAAAGGGGACCUUAGAGAGUUAAAUGUUCUUAAACUAUUUUUUCCCCUAGCUUUAAGGCUGAAAAAAGUGGUAUCACAACUCACAUACACGUGGUAUAUUCAGGUACAUAUUUGACAUACAUACAAAUCUGAAAACAAAACUAUCAGUUUGCACAGCACUGAGAAGAUCUGGUCCAAUAAAUAUACAAUUAAAUAAAUUACUAGUGCCAGUGUAAAGUUAGUCUGCUUAGGUCAUUAAAUUCAGUUUGAUUAUUAAGUCAUUGCAAAUGUCAUCCGAGACGUUAGAUAUGGCUGCUGGGUUAAAGCACUUAUUAAUCACUGUUGUAAUAUUACUGUCAGUACUCGCUGUGUUAUACUGUGGCUUUGUUUAAUUUGUAAACUGGACUGUGUAUCGCACUGCAGGAGUCACCUCAAAAUUCAAAGUAAAAAUGUACAUUGAAGCACAAUCUGAUCUGUAACGCUGUGUGGUACUGUUUGGAUUUUUUCAGGUUAGUUUACACAGAGAGGAAAAUCUUUUCUCAGGGGUUUCCUCUUGUUUAGGCCACAGUGAAAUGCUGGCAUCUGCAUGUCUGUGCACUUGUCCAGAUUUCUUCUUGAAACACGGCAGAAAGUUUCAGGAGAAGUGAUUUAUCAAGACUUUUAUACUCUAAUGUUUUGACUUCACGGUUGUGCAUCUGGCUCAUAUUGCUGACUCCCUGAGAUAAUAACAGGUCUGCGAUGCGACCCACUUACCGAAAAGUGUGAAGAGUAAAUAAUUAGGAUUUUUCUCUGUACUUUGUUGAGGUGAAAUGUGCUGUGAAUGAUUGUUUCAUAAUAAAGUUGGAUUUUGAGUUGGA